AUGCAGUCAUCAGGACACCGGUUCCGGGAUGUUGAACAUCACCCUCUCCUGACUGAAAAUGACAAUUAUGACUCCUCUUCAUCCUCCUCAUCUUCUGAGCCCGACACGGCAGACAGGGUGUGGUUCAUCCGGGAUGGCUGUGGCAUGGCCUGCGCCAUCAUGACCUGGCUCCUGGUCGUCUAUGCUGACUUCGUGGUGACCUUUGUCAUGCUGCUGCCUUCCAAAGACUUCUGGUACACUCUGAUCAACGGGGUCAUUUUUAACUGCUUAGCCGUCCUCGCCCUGUCAUCUCACCUGAGAACCAUGCUCACCGACCCUGGGGCAGUACCCAAGGGGAAUGCUACGAAGGAGUACAUGGAGAGCCUGCAGCUGAAGCCGGGCGAGGUCAUCUACAAGUGCCCCAAGUGCUGCUGCAUCAAGCCUGAGCGUGCGCACCACUGCAGUAUUUGCAAGCGAUGCAUCCGGAAAAUGGACCACCACUGCCCGUGGGUGAAUAACUGUGUGGGAGAAAAGAACCAGAGGUUUUUUGUGCUGUUCACUAUGUACAUAGCUCUGUCUUCAGUCCAUGCUCUGAUUCUCUGUGGAUUGCAGUUUAUUUCUUGUGUCCGAGGGCAGUGGACAGAAUGCAGUGACUUUUCUCCACCUAUUACUGUAAUCCUGUUGAUCUUCUUGUGCCUUGAGGGCCUUCUGUUUUUCACUUUCACUGCAGUUAUGUUUGGCACUCAAAUCCACUCCAUAUGCAACGAUGAAACGGAGAUCGAGAGACUGAAAAGCGAGAAGCCUACAUGGGAGCGGAGGCUCCGCUGGGAAGGGAUGAAGUCUGUCUUUGGGGGGCCCCCGUCACUCCUCUGGAUGAACCCCUUUGUGGGAUUCCGAUUCAGGCGGCUCCAGUCAAGAACCAGGAGGGGAGGAGCGGAGUUCUCCGUCUGA